CCCAUCUGACCCAUGGCUGUUGGACAGAUGGGCCUGUCUCUGGAAGGUGCUCUGUUACUAAGCCUUAGAGCUUGGUCACGCACACCAGGAGCUCUUGAGUUGAGUGGGUUUUGUGGCAGUGCCAGGCACAGCUGACCUUGGCAAAAUCAGUUUGAGAGGGAGAGAGCAAGGGAGAAGGAAAAGAGAGAGAGCCUCUUUUCCCGCUCCUCUUUCCUGCACAGCGCAGUGUGUCCAGUCAUGUUCAGAAGGGUGUUCUGUUUGUGGUCCACAGUGGACUGGCAAACACUCAGAUUGAGACAGUCCUCCAUGGCCAGUGUGAUGCGUCGCUGCCCCUUCCUCUCUCGCGUGCCCCUGGCUCUGCUGCAGCAGGCAGGGAGGUCUGUGCUGGGUUUCGCGCUCCGCUGCCCUGUGAUGAUGGACCUGGCCUCCCGCCCCCUGGCCAUCGCCCCCCUGCGAGCCCUGUCCUCCUCCUCCUCCUCCACCCACUGCCAGAAUACCCAGGAGACCCUGCCCACCAAAGAGACCCCACCCACUGGACAGUGCCCUGAGGCCCCUGCUGGGCUGCCCCCGGGCCACCCCCUGCCCCCCCCAGGGCAGGACUCGGGCUCUAAAUGCCCCUUCCUGGCAGCGGAGAUGGGCAUGGGCCCAGGCCGCGGGGUGGUGCGCCAGGCCAGUGUGGAGCUGCAGGAGGACGUGCAGGAAAUGCAGGCUGUGCGCAGCGGGAACCCCACGGCCGGGACAUCCCCCAAAGCCCCGGAGCCGGCCCGCGUUCUCCAGGACCUGCUGAAACAGCGCCCCCCACGGGUGUCCCACCUGCUGCAGGACAACAUGCCCAAAGCCGUGUCCAGCUUCCAUUAUGACCGAUUCUUUGAGCGGAAGAUUGAGGCGAAGCGGAGCGAUCACACGUACCGCGUCUUUAAAACGGUCAACCGACGUGCCGCGUCCUUUCCCAUGGCCGACGACUACACGGAGUCCCUGUCCUCCAGGCGGGACGUGUCUGUGUGGUGCAGCAACGACUACCUGGGCAUGAGCCGCCACCCGCGCGUCCUCAGCGCCGUCAUGGACACCUUGCAGCAGCAUGGUUCGGGGGCCGGAGGGACCCGGAACAUUUCAGGGACCAGUAAGUUCCACGUGGAGCUGGAGCGGGAGCUGGCCGAUCUGCACGGGAAGGAUGCUGCCCUACUUUUCACCUCCUGCUUCGUGGCCAACGACUCCACCCUGUUCACCCUGGCCAAGAUGCUGCCAGGAUGUGAGAUCUACUCAGACGCUGGGAACCACGCCUCCAUGAUCCAGGGCAUCCGGAACAGCAGAGCGCCCAAGUUCAUCUUCCGCCACAACGACGCAGCGCACCUUCGCAGCCUGCUGCAGUGCUCCAACCCCGCCACGCCCAAGAUCGUCGCCUUCGAGACCGUGCACUCCAUGGACGGCGCGGUCUGUCCAUUGGAGGAGAUGUGUGAUGUAGCACACGAGUUUGGCGCCAUCACGUUUGUGGAUGAGGUGCACGCGGUCGGCCUGUACGGGGCGAGGGGCGGGGGCAUCGGUGACCGCGACGGUGUCAUGCACAAGAUGGACAUCAUCUCCGGAACUCUGGGGAAGGCGUUUGGCUGCGUGGGCGGGUACAUCGCCAGCACAAGUGCACUUGUGGACGCAGUGCGCUCAUACGCGGCGGGAUUCAUCUUCACCACGUCGCUGCCGCCCAUGCUCCUGGCGGGGGCGCUGCAGUCCCUGCAGAUCCUGAAGAGCGCAGAGGGACGGGCGCUGCGCCGCAUGCACCAACGCAACGUGCGCCUGCUGCGCUGCAUGCUGAUGGACUGCGCCCUGCCUGUGGUGCACUGCCCCAGCCACAUCAUCCCCAUCAGGGUUUCUGAUGCAGCAAAGAACACUGAGAUCUGUGACAUCAUGAUGAGCCGUCAUAGCAUCUACGUUCAGGCCAUCAACUACCCGACCGUGGCACGGGGGGAGGAGCUUCUGCGCAUCGCGCCCACACCUCACCACACGCCCCAGAUGAUGGCCUACUUUGUGGAGAAGCUGCUGAGCACCUGGAAGCAGGUUGGGCUGGAGCUGAAGCCUCACUCGGCAGAGGAGUGCAGCUUCUGCCACCAUCCACUGCACUUUGAGCUGAUGAGCGAGAGAGAAAAAGCCUUCUUCAGCUCCCUGACCCCGCCUCCCAUCUCUGCCAGUGCCUGACCCCGCCUCCACCAGCACCUCACCCCACCUCCACCAGCACCUGACCCCGCCUCCCACUCUGCCAGUGCCUGACCCCGCCUCCACCAGCACCUCACCCCACCUCUCAUCUCCACCAGCACCUGACCCUACCUCCACCAGCACCUCACCCCGCCUCCACCAGCACCUCACCCCACCUCUCAUCUCCACCAGCACCUGACCCUACCUCCACCAGCACCUCACCCCGCCUCCACCAGCACCUCACCCCGCCUCCCAUCUCUGCCAGUGCCUGACCCCGCCUCCACCAGCACCUGACCCCGCCUCCCAUCUCCACCAGCACCUGACCCCGCCUCCCAUCUCCACCAGCACCUGACCCCAUCUCCACCAGCACCUGACCCCACCUCUCAUCUCCACCAGCACC